AUGGAAUCAUUAUAUUGGCCAAAUACAGUUCAAUUAACAUUAAGUAUUCAAUAUCCCAGCGAACUUGUUCUUCUAUUGAAACGUGACGCUCUACCUGCAAUUGAACAUUUAAAUAUUACCAAUGAGCAAAUACAUACUGUUUUCCCAUUACGUCGAUAUAUACCAGUAUCAAAUAUUCAUCUUUGUGAUUAUAAUCUGCGUGAAAUAGCUGAUGGUACUCGCUUGCGAUCUUUACUCUUACGUUAUUUAUCUCUCAGCGAUAUUAUUCUAUUGAUUGGCUCAUUAACCAUGCCUUUGCUUGAAAAAUUAAUACUCAUUGAUUUGUAUGAUGAUAAUCGAAUAUAUCCCGAACCUAAAAAAUAUUUUAAUAUUCGUCGAUUAACUCAAUUAACACCUCAUCUACAUUCUCUCGAAACAAGCAAUGCAAAUAUAAUGUUCUAUAAACAUCUUCUUGGAUUUGUUUUGAAAAUUAUUCGUCAAUUUCAUCAAUUAGUGUAUUUAAUACUAAAUAAGGAUGGUCGUUAUCCAGCCAAAGAAGAAAUCAAAACAACGUUCAAAGAAAAAUUAAUAGCAACUGGACAUAAUCAAUCAUUUGAUUGUAACAAUAUUCGAAUAGAAUUCUCUCACUUGAAUGAACUAUAUAUUUGGCUUUAA